GUGGGGAUAUUAAUCCACCCACAGUGCAAGUUGGGAUUGAAUUCAAUAAUUACUAGUGGACAAGAAAGUAAGGAAAGAGAUUCCAUCUCCUUUUGCUUUUCUUGUCCAAUGUCAAAUAGACAACAGGCUUCCACACCUUUUGAUAAAGACAAAUAGAAAAAUCGAAACCCAAACAAAAGCAAUGAGAAAAGGGUAUCAAUUUAGUCAAGUAUAGCUACCAGCUAAAGCUAAUUCAUGUACAAGAAACAGGCGGAUCAGUUUGAAAUCUUGAAAAAAGAAGAGUAAUUUCAAUCAGCAGGAGAAAUGGCAGAUGCUAUUGUGUCCUUAGCUAUUGAAAGAAUAUCGGAUUUACUCAUUCAUGAGGCUGUUUUCCUGCGUGGAGUUCGUGACGAAGUGGAGGGCCUCAAGGCUGAACUGGAGCGGAUGAAGAGCUCCUUGGAGGAUGCAGACAGUAGGCAAGAUCAAAAUAAGCUUAACCGCACUUUGGUGAGACAAAUCAGAGAUCUUGCUUAUGAAGCAGAAGAUGUUAUUGACGACUUCAUUCUUCAAGUCGCACAUGAAGGAGGCUUUUACGGAAUUAUCAAGAGAUUCACCAAGCCUUUUCAUUUGCACAAAAUCGGAAAGAAGGUCAAAGCAAUCCAGACUGAGCUUGAAAGCAUUUCUAAGAAACUUCCAGCUUAUAAUCAGAUAUCUGGAAGAGAGGGGUCUAGCUCUAUUUCGGAGAUGCAGCAGCGGUUAAGGAGAACAUAUUCACAUGUUGAGGAAGAGGAUGUUGUUAGCUUGGAGGAUAUCACAAAUGAGGUUUUGGCUCAGCUGAUGACAGAAGAAGAUAGACUUCAUGUCGUUGUUUCUAUAGUCGGCAUGGGGGGCAUAGGUAAGACCACUCUGGCAAAAAAGGUUUAUAAGCACGUUGAUGUGAAACGACAUUUUGAUUGUUGUGCUUGGGCUUUUAUAUCUCAACAGUGUAUGCCAAGAGAAGUUUUGCAUGAUCUCCUCUUAAAACUUCUCUCUCCUUCUAAAGAAGAAAGGGAGCUAAUCGAUAAACUGAAAGAGCAUGAGUUGGUGAAAAGGCUUUAUGAUGUCUUGAAAGAAAAACGGUAUUUGGUGGUUCUUGAUGAUAUCUGGAGAAGUGAAGAUUGGGACAAUUUUAAACCUGCUUUUCCACGAGGAAGAAAGGGGAGCAAAAUUUUAUUCACAACACGCCACAAGGACUUGGCAUUGCAUGCCGAUCCUUGCAACUCCCCAGUAGAGGUUCGAUUUCUUACCGAGGAUGAAAGUUGGAAGCUUUUUAGAAUGAAAGCAUUCCCAGAAAACAAGACAGAGUCUCAUGUUUGUCCAGAAGCAUUGGAAAUGCCAGGAAGAGAGAUGGUGAAAAGAUGUGGAGGUCUACCUUUGGCAAUUGCUGUGUUGGGAGGCUUGCUAGCAACCAAAAAGUCACGAGCUCAGUGGGAGAUGGUUCACAGAAACAUUAAUGCACAGUUAAACAAGUUCCAACAACAAGAUCAUCAUUAUGGUGGAGUGAAUGGGAUUUUAUCUUUAAGCUACAAUGAGUUGCCCUUUCAUUUAAAACCAUGCUUCCUAUAUCUCGGUCAUUAUCCAGAAGAUAAGGUGAUCUCAAAAGGAGAACUCAUUCGAUUAUGGAUUGCUGAAGGUUUCAUUUCACCAUCAUUUGAAAGCGUGGGAAUGCGGAUGGAGGAUGUAGCUGAACAAUAUCUAGAAGAGCUAAUAGAUAGAUGUUUGGUUCAAGUUGGCAAGAGGGACCAUACAGGAAUAAUUGUGAAAACAUUUCAAAUACAUGAUCUCUUGAGGGACUUGUGUGUGCUAAAAGCUCAAGAGGAGAAUUUCUUGGGAAUUAUUCAGCCAUCAUUGAUUGAAAACGAUGGUAAUUCUCUUCAUGUGACCUUGACAACAUCUAUGACGCGAAGAAUUGCUAUUCAUCCUAGUAAAAGGUAUGUUUUUUUGAAGGGAAAACAUCAAAAUUUACGUUCUCUGUUGCUCUUUCAAAAUGAAAAAUUGAUAGAAUUGCACAUUUCAAAAUGCAAUAAUUUCAAAUUCUUAAAGGUGUUGAAUCUUGUGAGAAAGAAUGUGUCCAAGUGGCAUGUGUCAAGUGUAAUUGGUGAUCUAUAUCAUUUGAGGUAUUUGAGGUUAAUGUGUUUUGGAGAUAUCAUCUUGCCACCAUCUAUUGGCAAGUUGAAGAAUUUACACACGUUAUACCUCCAAAAUGGAGCACCAAGAAUUCCUGAUGUUUUAUUCAAGUUGAGAUGCUUAAGACAUAUUAUAGUAAGUAUAUAUUUGCAUUUGCCGCUAAGGGGUACUUUAAAAAAUAUUGACACUUUAAAGUACAUAAGGAGCAAGAGUUUAUUUGAAAAUAAUGCAGUGCUCGACUUGAGUAAUAUUCGGAGUUUAGGAAUAAGUUUUGAGAGAUCAAAAGAUGUGGAACCUAUCCUAAAAGCACUUAUUAAAUCACAACGCCUUAGGUCAUUGUACAUGCGGUUAGAGGAUUCAAUCCCAUACCCAGACUUGGAACCCCUUUCUCAUUGCGAUCACCUAUCAAAACUAUUCUUAAGAGGGAAGCUACGAGAAGAUCCACAUUUGAGCCAUCAUAUUUUGAAAUUUUUGCCAGCAAACAUUAUCAAGUUGACUUUGUGGGAUUGUGAGAUGAAGCAGGAUCCAAUGGCUGUAUUGGGAAAGCUGCCUCAUUUGAGGACUCUCCAAUUAUCGACUCUCUCAUAUAAGGGGACUAAACUGGUUUGCUCUGCCAGCGAGUUUCUUCAACUUGAUUGUCUUGGUAUUUGGGAGUUAGAAGAAUUAGAAGAGUGGCAGAUAGAACAAGGCGCAAUGCCACAUCUUCGGAGUUUAAGUCUGAGUUCGAUUCCAAAUUUGAGGAUUUUUCCAGAAGGGUUGAGGUAUGUUACUGCUCUCCAGGAAAUGGAAUUAUACAGAAUGAAGAGGUCAUUGGUAGAGAGGAUUCAAGUGAUAGACAGAAGAGAAGGAGAGGAUUUCUCUAAAGUGUGCCACAUUCCCUCCAUCCAAAUAAGUGAUACGUGGGAAGUUCAAUCAGCAGGAGAAAUGGCAGAUGCUAUUGUGUCCUUAGCUAUUGAAAGAAUAUCGGAUUUACUCAUUCAUGAGGCUGUUUUCCUGCGUGGAGUUCGUGAGGAAGUGGAGGGCCUCAAGGCUGAACUGGAGCGGAUGAAGAGCUCCUUGGAGGAUGCAGACAGUAGGCAAGAUCAAAAUAAGCUUAACCGCACUUUGGUGAGACAAAUCAGAGAUCUUGCUUAUGAAGCAGAAGAUGUUAUUGACGACUCUAUUCUUCAUGCCGCACAUCAGAGGGGCUUUCAUGGAAUCAUCAAGAAAUUCACCAAGCCUUCUCAUUUGCACAAAAUUGGGGUGAAGGUCAAAGGAAUCCAGACUAAGCUUGAAAGCAUUUCUAAGAGUCUUCCGGCUUAUAAUCGGAUAUCUGGAACAGAGGGGUCUAGCUCUGUUUUCGAGAUGCAGCAGCGGUUUAGGAGAACAUAUACACAUGUUGAGGAAGAGGAUGUUGUUAGCUUGGAGGAUACCACAAAAGAGGUUUUGGCUCAGUUGAUGACAGAAGAAGAUAGACUUCAUGUCGUUGUUUCUAUAGUCGGCAUGGGGGGCAUAGGUAAGACCACUCUGGCAAAAAAGGUUUAUAAGCACGUUGAUGUGAAACGACAUUUUGAUUGUUGUGCUUGGGCUUUUAUAUCUCAACAGUGUAUGCCAAGAGAAGUUUUGCAUGAUCUCCUCUUAAAACUUCUCUCUCCUUCUAAAGAAGAAAGGGAGCUAAUCGAUAAACUGAAAGAGCAUGAGUUGGUGAAAAGGCUUUAUGAUGUCUUGAAAGAAAAACGGUAUUUGGUGGUUCUUGAUGAUAUCUGGAGAAGUGAAGAUUGGGACAAUUUUAAACCUGCUUUUCCACGAGGAAGAAAGGGGAGCAAAAUUUUAUUCACAACACGCCACAAGGACUUGGCAUUGCAUGCCGAUCCUUGCAACUCCCCAGUAGAGGUUCGAUUUCUUACCGAGGAUGAAAGUUGGAAGCUUUUUAAAAUGAAAGCAUUCCCAGGAAAGAAGACAGAGUUUCAUGCUUGCCCAGAGGAAUUGGAGAUUCUAGGAAGAGAGAUGGUGAAAAAAUGUGGAGGUCUACCUUUGGCAAUUGCUGUUUUAGGAGGCUUGCUGGCAACAAAAAAGUCACCAGCUCAGUGGGAGAUGGUUCACAGCGACAUUAAUGCGCACUUGAACAAGUUCCAACAAGAAGAUCAUCGCUAUGGUGGAGUGAAUGGGAUUUUGGCUUUAAGUUAUAAUGAGUUACCCUUCCAUUUAAAACCAUGCUUCUUAUAUCUUGGGCAUUAUCCAGAAGAUUGGGAGAUCUCAAAAAAAGAACUCAUUCGAUUAUGGAUUGCUGAAGGUUUCAUUUCACCAUCAUGGAAAAGCGGGGAAAUGUUGAUGGAGGAUGUAGCUGAACAAUUCCUGGAACAGCUGAUAAAUAGAUGUUUGGUUCAAGUUGGUAAGAGAGACCAUAGAGGAACAGGUGUGAAAACAUGUCACGUACAUGAUCUCUUGAGGGACUUGUGUGUGAAAAAAGCUCAAGAGGAGAAUUUCUUAGAAAUUAUUCAGCCACCAUCGAACGAAAGCGAUGGUAAUUCUCUUCAUGUGACUUUGACAGCAUCUAUGGCACGAAGAAUUGCUAUUCAUCCUAGCAAAAGGUAUGUUUCAUUGAAAGGAAAACAUCCAAAUUUACGCACUCUUUUGCUCUUUCAGAAUGAAAGAUUGAUAAAAUUACACAUUUCAAAAUGCAAUGAUUUUAAAUUCUUAAGGGUGUUGAAUCUUGUGGGAAAUGAUAUGUCGUUCGAGUGGCAUGUGUCAAGUGAAAUUGGUAAUCUAUAUCAUUUGAGGUAUUUGAGGUUAACAUCUUAUGGAACCAUCAUCUUGCCACGGUCUAUUGGCAAGUUGAAGAAUUUACACACUUUAUACCUCUCAUAUGAAGUACCAAGAAUUCCUGAUGUUUUAUUCAGGUUGAGACGCUUGAGGCAUAUCGUAGUAGGCCAUCGAGGUAAUUUUGUGCCUUUGUUGCUGAGGGAUACUUUAAAAAAUAUUGAAACUUUAAAGUACAUAGGGAGCAAGAGUUUAAGUGAAAAUAAUGCAGUGCUCGACUUGACUAAUAUUCGGAGUUUAGGAAUACGUUUUGAGAGAUCAAAAGAUGUGGAGCCUAUCCUAAAAGCACUGAUUAAAUCACAACGCCUUGGGUCAUUGUACUUGUGGUCAAAGGAUUCAAUCCCAUACCCAGACUUGGAACCCCUUUCUCGUUGCCAUCACCUAUCAAAACUAUUAUUAAGAGGGAAGAUACGAGAAGAUCCACAUUUGAGCCAUCAUAGUUUGAAAUUUUUGCCAGCAAACAUUGCCGAGUUGACUUUGUGGGAAUGUGAGAUGAAGCAGGAUCCAAUGGCUGCAUUGGGAAAGCUGCCUCAUUUGAGGACUCUCCGAUUAUGGACUUCCUCAUAUAAGGGGACUAAACUAGUUUGCUCUGCCAACAAAUUUCUUCAACUUGAUUGUCUUGAUAUUUGGUAUUUAAAAGAAUUAGAAGAGUGGCAGAUAGAAGAAGGCGCAAUGCCACGUCUCCAGAGCUUAAGUCUGGUUUGGGUUUCAAAUUUGAGGAGUUUUCCGGAAGGGUUGAGAUAUAUUACUGCUCUCCAAGAAAUGAAAUUAACCUGUUUGAAGAGUUCAUUGGUAGAGAGGAUUCAAGUGAUAGAUGGAAGAGAAGGAGAGGAUUUCUCUAAUGUGCGCCACAUACCCUCCAUCCAAAUAAUGGAGACGGAGGAAGAUUGAACCCUCUAACUUUGCAAUUUCAAAUCCUCAAAUCAAAGUAAUUGGAGGUAAAUCUAAUUGGCUCAGAAAUAUACCAUGCCAAUAAGAGCAACAUGGGGGAUCACCUGGAUUUGCUUUUCAAUUGUUUGAAAGUUUAAUUUGUA